AUGUCAUCCCUCUUCGACACUAUCCUGACACGCGUGGGCGGGAAGGAUUGGAAUUACGACUCCUUGGCAGUGCCACAAUGCGGCAUGGUGAAGGCCGAAGAUCUCGAGGAGCCGAUCACAUUGCAGCAGUUUCUUCAGGAGGCAUGCCGCCGCCCAGACGAGGCCAAGGUCACCACGCUUUUGUUCGAUGUGCACAACAACGUCCCCGAGUUCGGUGGCUUCGCACGCAUUGGCGAGCAAGUGCAGCGCUCUGAACUUGAUCAACUUCCACUUCCAUUAGAGGUCUCUCAAGCUCUUCCCAAAGGAGCUAAGAUGGGAUUGAUAAUGGACAACCACCAGGACGGGUCCAUGAACGUUGUCAAGAUUUUCCACUUCUCAGAGAAGAUCGCCAUUAACCAUGCGUUGAAGCUUUGUUCCGGGGAUGCUUACGUCCCAGUGUACAGACCUGGUCCCUGGGCUGUCCGGAAGACUAUGCAAUUCCUUCUUCAAUGUCUGCCAGGGUAUCGUGUUCUAUGGAACAACGUCGGCCAGAAACCCACCAACCUGCGGAAGGCUCAAUCAGCUCAAUGGGCGCCCGAAGAUGAAGCUCUACGACAUGGGAUUGAUUACAUCAAUGCCAAUGCACCAGAGGGCGAUGCACUCAAUGAGCAGACCUUUUGGAUCCUUUGCAGCAUCCGGGAAGGCUCUGACACUCCGAUAGCAGGAUGGCCGGAAGCCAAAGUCCGAGACAUGUGCAGAAACAAGUCUCGGGGAAUGGCCGGGGCUCAGCCAAACUAUGAUUACCCUUUGCAUACGUACAGCUUGAAGGGCUUCCUGUCUGAGUUCCUGUUGCCACUCCUAUACCCCCUACUUGUCUUGCACGGCGUGAUGAUGAUAGGGUGGCCGGGUGUGGGAAAGACACCCGCCCUGAUUGUCAUGCUGCUGGCGAUCGCUCGGCAUCACAUCGGCAGGUUGGGUCUGGUGGAAAAACCGUCAUGGAGACGAGCGAAGUCAUUGGAUAACUUCAGGCACCGUGCCCCACAGAUCCACGACGGUGUGUUCCUCGAUGAUCCGAGUCGUGAGAGGCUUGACAUGGCUGAUCUCAAGUCGUUCAUGACGGCAGAGGAAGAUCAAACAUGUUCCGGGCGAUACAACGAUGUGAAGCUGAGCCGUGGCCAAGUUCGCGCUUAUGCUGGCAAUCAUCUCACUUUCGAGGACGAGCCUCAGUUCGACGACCGCACCACCAUCACUCCGGAAGAGAUCCUGAAGAUGUUGGGGAAGACGUUCCCAGGCGAGAAAGAAGCCGACGUGAUGGCUGUCCUCAAGAGAUGUAUCGUUUUCGUGUUCGGGAAGAAUGCACUCUAUUUGCGCCUUCCAUCCCAACACAGCGAUGGCAUAGUUCAUCGCAUCGUUGCGGAGGAUGUACACUUGGACGUGUUGGCCCCCCAUGACAAGUACCUCCUGUCCGAGUACAAGACUGGAAACAUCAAGAUCAAAGGCAGCGACUUUGAGGACUCCAUUGCCCGCGAACAGAACAUGAUACAUAAUUCCUUCAUGAAUAUGUCUGAGAUGGGGCCGAAGGAGUACAUCGAUCACUGCGCGAAGAAGGUCCAGGAGCGUAUCUGCCCAACACCGACACCAGCCAGGCGUGUGCGACACCUACCUAGUUCUUCCUCCUCCCCGGAAGACAGCGCCAUUCCUCCCACGGUGCCCUUUUCGGUGCAGCUCGCAACACCUGAUCAGCCACGCAAGCGACUAUUGAACUCUAGCGUCUUCCGCUACCCGUCUCCUACCAGACGAACGCGGGGGAAAACUAUGCCGCCGCCCCGGCCGGACACACCAGCAGGCAGCGCACUUGAGACAUCGGCAGCAUCAGCGGCAUCACCGUCUGGUCUUCCUGCAGUUGCACCUUCUUCCCCUCCUCAAGAUUGUGUACGGAACGAGAGCCAGGAUGCAGGUGAAAAUGCAAAGGACCCAUCAGGUGACGAGAUGGACGUGGCAGAGGAUUUCCAGGGGGACGAAGAAGCCGCCCAACACCUUGGUCUCUCUGAGUAG